AUGAUUGCUCGUUGUCGCGCUAAAUGCUGGGUGGUUCAUUUGAAAGAAGAAAAUCAGGGCCUCCAAUUGCCAUAUUCUCAACGGGGAUUCAAAGGUCAUAUUAUUAUUUAUCCUCAGAAUCCUUCUGCAUUACUAGAUGUUCUUCCUUGUACUCUUGAUGACGUUUCCACACCAGUUUGUGUGAUCUUUGUAGGAUCGAAACCACCUUCAGCAGAGUGGUUACGUACCAAGGCCAGACCCUUGAUAAUCAGGCGUGAGCGUGUGCGUAAUGCUUUACAAUGGCUUGUGCAACAUAAUCCUUUGUAUGCUGAAGUUGUCAUUGAUCAUACGCUUCUCGACAGUUUACAAGAAGAACAGACAUUGCCUGUGCAUAUUCAACAUGUGUUGUCUGAUCAAUCUGAUGAUCUUCUCACUUCGAAAUAUGAUGCGCCGUCUUUGGAUUCUGAAGGCAUGGUUGAUCAUUGCGAUGCUACAGACAUUCCUGUGCCAUUUUCUAACGUGGUAGUUACAGAUGUGGAUGCACACGCCCCUGCUAAUGAGUUACGAGCUGCUGCGUUACGACACGUGAAACAGCGUGGUGGAGGAUACAUCGAAGUUCCGCAUGGUCCUCAGCCUGUCAAUGAGUUCUUCAAUCCGCAGUUAUUUCCAAUGAUUUAUCCGAUCUUGUUCCCUUAUGGUCUGGGUGGCUUCGAGGAUUCGAUUCGCACCACAAGGAUAUCCAUGAAAAAGCAUACAAACGUUUUCAAGAGCAUUAUUCGUUCUUGUUCACCGUUUUCAAUGUACUGCAACGACGAGAAAUUCUUUUGCAUUCAAGCCUGA